AUGGGAGCGGCAGCUCUUCUCUUAUAUCCCGAUCCCGAGCACUACAAUCCGCCAUCACUUGGUCUCAAACCGUUUCCAAGCUCUCAAUACAUGCCUUCCGAUGCCAUUCGACACGACUCUCUCAUCUGGAAUGGAUUGGGAGAUCCGCAAACACCGGGAUAUGCGGCCACUUCUUAUGCACACCGUUUGCCAUUACAGUCACUUCAUUUGCCGAGUAUUCCGGUCCAACCGAUCAGUUUUGAAAACGCAUUGCAAAUCCUGAGUAGACUCGACGGAAGCAAAGCUCCCAAAGCGUGGAAUAACGGGUCGAAUACAACAUACAAUUUAGGGCCCGGUUUUCGCAAUGACGGCAACUCUAAUAUAACACUGCAUUUGAAAAUAAGUAAUCAAUUGGUGAAUAAAACCAUAUACAACGUGAUCGGAUCCAUACGGGGUAGGGUAGAGCCCGAUCGGUAUGUGAUUGUGGGUAACCAUAGAGACGCCUGGUUUAACGGUGCAAUCGAUUCUGCGGCCGGAACCGCAGCUUUUCUCGAGUUGUCUCGAGUUUUUGGUGAUUUGCUUACUGACGGAUGGCGUCCGCGACGGUCUAUAAUCUUCUGCAGUUGGGGCGCAGAAGAGUUCAAUCUAAUCGGUUCCACCGAAUGGAUCGAAGAGAAUAUGAAGAUAUUGCACGGAAGAGCCAUCGCUUACAUUAACUCCGAUAUUGUGGUCAUUGGGAACGGGAGUCUUAGUGUCGCCGCUUCUCCUCUCUUAUAUCACACGAUAUUUAACGCCUCGAAAGAAGUGCCGAAUCCUAACGAAGAAGAAGGCGCCAAAACAGUGUACGACAAGUGGCUCAUCAGUUAUCCACUGAUGAGGAACUCUUCGGGAAUGAUAUCAGUGAAGCGAAACGCUUUUGACUCUUCCUUCGACGUCGACAACGAUUUAUUUAACGCUAACCAACACUUCGCCGGAGAGCCCAACGAAUCGGGUUCUCUGCUCCAGACAUACAUGGAGUCGGCGGCCCUUCAGACCCGACCCAAAGUGCGUCAGUUAGACAUGCGGUCGUCUUACGCGCCGUUCUUCACUGUGGCCGGCAUUCCUGCGCUUGACAUCACUUACACCAAUGUUAACGACAUUAAGAGUGACGCCAAUCAAAUCAAUUCAAUGAGUAAUCCAUUAUUACAUACAAAAUACGACACGUUUGAAGUGAUCGACAAAUUCAUUGAUCCCCAGUUUAAAUACCACAAAGCGGUGACACAAGUGUUGGGCGAAAUUAUUAGAGAUAUCGCCGACUCUCUAUUCAUACCAUUCAAUCUCUUAGAUUACGCACAGGUUCUCAAAGACCUUUACAUAACGCUUCACAUCCACACCGAGUCUAUACUGGCAAACAAUGGCAUUAAAAUCGAACUGUUGGACUCCGCCAUUAAAAACUUUACAUCCGCUGCCAUUAGAUUUCACUUAAAUCAGGAUAAAAUCGAUUUCACAGAUCCGAUGGCCAUCAGACGAGUGAACGAUCAGUUGAUGCUAAUCGAGCGGACAUUCCUCGACCCGAACGGAUUGCCCCGAAAUAUGAUGAAACGGCAUAUUAUUCUGUCUCCGAGUGAAACAGACCCUCCAUAUGAUGAGAUGUUCCCGGGAUUGAUGGAUGAGUUCAGUAUUUUGUUACACCAAACGGGAAACUCCAACGUUAAGAGCUGGACGUGGGAUGUGAUCAGAGCUCACUUCUCAAUCAUUGUGUCCACUAUUCAAAGCGCAGCGCAAGCUAUAAGCGAUGUCAUCUAAUAAUUGUAAAUUGGGAUGAUUUUUACAUAUAGAUUAAUAAUUAACGAAUCAGAUUAGAGUCAUUUGUAAAAUUAUAUAUAAGACAUUAAUUACCGGUAUUUAUGAUGUGAUUAAAAGCAGCUAUUCUUCUGUAGGUGUGG